CACCCCUCUAAUCAGCUGAGCUCUAUAAAGAGCAAAGUACGAUUACACAAUAAAGUGAUUCUGAGAAAAUCUACAGAGCAAACUGAACACAGUUUUUUUUUCUGAUUCUGAAACGAGAAUGUCCCAAACAGUCUUACCCGUGAACUCUUCAACACUCAUCAUCCAGAUUCAACCACCGACACAAACAGCACCAGCCGGGACUGUGACCAAUGCUCCUGUGCCUAUUUAUGUCCAACAGGUAACAGGAGUUUCUCCUCUUAAUGGACUUCGAGCAUUUCUGAAAGGCCAACCGAAAGCCCUUGGGACUGUCCAGAUAAUGAUUGCUCUGUUGACUUUCCUGCUUGGGAUCGUGUCUACAAUUCAUGCAGAAUCCAUAUCUGUCUUUAGUGGUAUACCAUACUGGGGAUCAAUCAUCUACAUUAUUGCAGGUUCACUCUGCAUUGCUGCCGAAAACAAACUUAAUUCGCCCUCCAGUGUGUGUUUGGUGAAAGGUUCACUUGGAAUGAACAUUUUAAGUGCUUUAACUGCAGGUUCUGCCAUUAUUAUCAUUUCAAUAGAUUUUGUUGUAGGACCAUUAUACAGUUACUGCUACAAUUUUGACUGUUAUGAGUUUGAAGAAAAGUAUAAGACUCUCUUCUGGGGAAUUGGUAGUGUAUUGCUUAUAUUUGCUUUGCUUGAGUUGAUCAUCUCCAUCUACCUGUCAGCAUUUGCCUGUAAAACAACCUGCUGCGGUUCUCCACUGGUGUCGUAUGUUCCACAAGUUCCACCUGCUCAGCCCUGUGAUGUUAGGCCCAAUCAUUACAAUGAUCCUAAGAACUCAGUGAUAUCUGUGAUCAGCAACCCUUCCAUGAAUCACCAUCCUGCAGAAAUACCUCCACAGUACAAUGAAAUAGGAUCCUGCACUUAUCCGUGAUGGUUUCAUGGGACACGUUGGCUUCCAGAUGAUUUCCUUCCCCUUACUGCUAUCAUCGGAAAACGGAAGCAAAGUAGAUAUCACUUGAUCAGAUAAUAAUUACACAUAGCUUAUCAUUUUGGUUCUAUCUGACAUUUUUAGCAAAAUAGAUUUAUUCACAUAUUCUUAUUCUGUGACAGCUUAUUUGCGUUAUAUGAUUAUAUGUAUAUUUUAGAAAGCAAAAAGGUUGUAUCUACAAAGUCAAUCUUAAGCUUCAUAUUAUAAGGUUUGUAGAAGAAAACAAGUAGUUUUCUUAAUUUUGUACGUUGUUUUGAAGUAAUUAUAAUGUGUAAAAAAAGUAUACUAAAUAAAAAUGUCAAGUUAA